CAGUGGCUAUUGACCUGUGAUAAUGCAAUUUACAGUGGUUUAAUAUGCAAGACACGCCAGUUAAAAUAAAACGUAUUUUAUGUCAUAAAAAUGCAACUCGAAAGUAUACUGAAAUUAUUAAAAAAAACUCUUUAAUCACGUUAUGAUUAAUUCAGAAUCGGAAGUUCCCUAAAUGAGUUUGAGGUUCUGAUUCAAAAUAAAUGCGAAAAAUAAACUAUCGUUAUUAAAAUUAAAUAAGACUGUUCUCGCCGUCCGAAAAAUUCACUUAUAAUAUUUAUGAAGUUUUAAUACAAACUAGAGAUAGCAGAUCAACAAUGGCGUGAGGAAUGUAUACAGCUGAUUACCAGUGUGAAGGGUCAAUGAAAGUAACACUUACAUAUAUAAUUCUGUUAGAUUGAUAUAACUUAUAAAAUAGACCAUAUAUUUUAUUAUUACGAUAUUGUUCUUGACAUUUGUAAACACAAAUCUAUUUAUAGUUUUUAAUGGUGUUUAUUCCGGAACCGGCUCACUCGGGUAUGCUAAUCGUCUUGCUUGUAUUGGUAUUACCAGUGUAAACUGGUAGUCGAAGUUUCUAGCGUUUUAUAUCUGACCAGUGGGCAAUUGGGUUUGGUGGUGUUGUUGAUUUGCGUGUAGUAUUAUCAGUUUAAAAUUCAGUGAGGAAAUGGCACGACAGCGGAAAAGUUCGUCGUGGGAUGACCUGGAUUUGACUAGUGAUGAGGUGGAAAGACUUGGUGCUGCUUUGAAGAAGGAAGAAUUUCGAAACCUUCUGAUGGAAUAUGUGGAAGAAAUUAAUGACCCGGAAAACAAGAAGCAGUACGAAAAAGAAAUUACAGAACUUGAGAAGGAGAGAGGAAUUGAUAUUUCAUUUAUCAAUCCAGAACCUUGCUAUGUGAUAAAAUCCAGUGUUGAUGGCCAGAAGAAGGCGUUUAUAAAUAUUUGCCAAAAUGACAAAGUCGGCAAACCGACAUCGGUACCAAUGACAAAAUCAGGGUCCAGAGGACUCAAUUGGUCUCUCCCAUUGACGCAGGCCCCACCAAGAGACGAUCUGGAUAAAAAUGGGAAUCGGUGCACUGUUUUUGAUGUUGUGUUCCAUCCAGAUACACAUCGACUGGCAGUAAACAAUGCAGAAUUCAAGAAAAUGCUCAACAACACUGCACUGGAUGCUGUUGAAGACAAUUUUCAUGUACAGAUUGACAGGAAAAAUCUAAAAUUUCCAAAAAUGAAAUACAAAGGGUCUCCUACACCAUCAGUAAUCAGGAAGAAGAUUGAUAAUGUUCCUGUUAUGAAGGAAGAAUUUUCUAUACCAGAUGAUGUUUACCCUUACAGAUUUCCUGUUGAAGGCACAGAAGAACAAGCAAAAGAUGACAAGCAGAAUAAAAGAGGUAAUGAAAAUAAAGUUGGAAACACUUCUAGUACUGAAACACCAUACACUACUCCACUGUUUGUGAUAAAACACAGGCAGUCAAUUGACAUACAAGAUUUUUCAUAUGACAGGGAUGCAAAGUUGAAUGCAACUGUACCAAAGCAACUGAUAAUUGAAGUACAACUGCCUCUAUUGAAUUCAUCAGCAGAUAUGGUUCUAGAUGUUACUCAGAAAUCUGUAUCACUUAUAAGUGAAAAGCCAGCAAAAUACAAACUUAGUUUGUUAUUGCCAUAUGCAGUUCAUGAAGAAGCAGGAAGUGCUAAGUUUGACCAUAGUUCAAGGAAGUUGGUGAUAACACUGUCAGUCAGACAUGAAAAUUACUUGCAUUUGGCUGAUAUUGGGCGCGAGGACAGUGGUGUAGAAAGUGACCUGGGUCAUCGAACUCCCGAGUCUGGUAGUGAGGAAGAUGACAGUGUUAGGAACCACAAUUCUUUAGUAGAAAUUAAGGGAGAGGAAAUAGCGUUACUAGAAAUUACGUGUGAUGAGGCAUAUCGGACUAUGAACACAAAUAAGAAUAAAUUCUUGAAUCCAGAUGUGCAUUAUAUAUUUCCUCCAUUUACUUGUAAUGUUGUGGACAACCUUAUUGCAUUUACCCUUCAUGUUAAGAAUGUGGAACCAGAAUCCAUAGAAUUCUGUUUCUUGCGUGAAGAUGAACGUGGUAUUCAUCUUCGAUUCUCCUCAGUAGGUUCGGGUUUCUUCCCCAUUCACUAUGCUUUCUGCAUGAAAUUCCCAUGUCCCAUUUCUAUAUGUGAAGAAUCGUGUAGUGCAGAAGCAUGGGAUAACAAUGUUAUAUUACAAGUUCAGUUGAAGCCUUGUGAUACGAAUGUGGUGGAAUACUGGGCCGGAGCAGAUGUCAGUUCAAUGGCAAAGUAUGAUCUUCCAGAACCAGCAGCAUCUGUUAGGAAACUGGAGAGAUUUAAAAUCGAGGCUCUUAAUAACACUUCAGAUGAAGACAUGAAUGUAGAAGUAACCGCAUUUAGUGAAAAUGAAGUUGUUAUUGAGAUUUCUCAAGAUAAAAUUAAUAAGGAAGAACUCAUUGCUGUUGAUAAUGAGGAUAAUGAUAUUGAAGCAAAUAUUACUGAAUCACUAGUUGGUGUCGCUUCAAGUCAGCAAUGCGCCAACACAAGAACUGAAAUUUACCAGAAUGCUGAAGCAGUUUCUCAGUUUCGUGAUGAUAACAGGGUGCCACAGAAGUAUAGGUCCGUAUCUGAAUCAAGUGGAGAUGAAUCCAGUUUUAGCCCCAAUAAGAAGGGAAUUUUGAAAAAUAAUGGCCGAGUUAUCCGUAGCCUCUCAGAGUCGAGUAUGGAUGAUUAUGUGUGGUCAUCGUCUCUGGACAUGGUAACACAGUCUGGUUCAGAAUCGCGCAUUCCGGAAGAGGUGACGGAGGAGGACGAGGAGGAGAGAGAAGUCAAGAAGACUGUGCGUUUCAAUGAAGUUGUAUCACAAAAGACUUACAGGACCAACUCGAGCAUAUUGGGUCAGCGCAAAAAGAACCAACGAAAAAUGCGGAACAAGAGACGCUGUCAGGAACGUCGUGCAAGCGAGAGUGAAAAUUCAGAAGGAGAAGCUGAAAAAGAACGGGAGAGAGAUAAAAAGACUGACGACGAAAAGGAGAAGAGUGAAAUCGGGUUAGACGAGGAACUGUCAGCCGGCUGUGACGGUGGGGAUUCCAGUCCAGCAGUCAAAGACAGCAAAGAGCCUAAUAAGACAGAAGAAGAUGCGGGCAAGCCGUCUCAUGCCGAGUUACAGCCACUUAGUGCCGCAAAUCCAUCUAAACAGUUGCCCAGCAAAGGAAAGAAGAAGAAUCGGAAAGGAGCAACAGCUCUGCAGUCCAGUGUCUCCGGAGUUCCCCAGAUUGAAUUUGGGAGUGAUUUGAUCUUUGAUCUUGAAAUGUAAAGGCACUGUAAUAUCCAGCGGUUACUCCUUGCAUUAUGUGAUGCAUCUUAUCAUUAAUUCCUCUUUAUGUUUCGAUGCAUUAGAGUUCUUUAAUUUAUAGCUUUAAUUAGAAAUGUUUAGUACCUAGUCUUGGUAUUUUGUCCCUUGGUAAACAUUUUUAUUUUUUGAUAUCAUUGCAAGGGACAGAGGUAUAUUGACACUGUUUUUAAUUCUCCUUAAAAGAAGUAAGAUGCUUACUAUAAUAGCAACAUAGGCGGUAGGCCAUCAGUGAGAAAUCACAAUAAAAUUUCCCACCUUCGUGUAUGUGAUACGCAGUUUUCAUCUCAAAUACUGUUUUCAUAGUACAAAAUACUUUUCACCGUAUGCAUCUAAUUGCAUCCAUAGCAUAAAAUGAAUACAAAAAAACGGCGCAUCUUAAAUAUUAUUUGUUUGUUUUUUAUUUACGUUCUGGCAUUAUAGAUUUAUUGAUAAUGCCAUCACUUGUUAAAAGUUUGUUGUUCAUAUUUACAUAAAUAUUCAAAGUGCUUGAAUGAAGCGAUAGUGUUACUGCAGGAAAAAAUGUCAUAGACAACUUAAUGAAAUUUACUUUAUAUAAAUUAUUUCUUUGAUGUAAAGAUAAAGUAACAGAAAUUUAGAAGGCAUAAUCAAUUUUUAAUUAUAAUUUGAAGAUAUACGAUGAAAUAUGUUAAUUUAAAGUACCGCAAACAGACGUCGCAUCCUUCUCGUCACGAGAGAGUAAUAUGUCGCCCAUCACGUAGGUAGCCCACGUUACUUCCACUUCUACUUCUAGCGCUGCUUCCGUCGAUGGUACCUCACUCUAUUGGAGGUAUUCGGUGAAUGAAAAAUUGGCAAUGAAAUCCAUAUUCUGUGAUUUGAAAAUUAAAUCCAGAUUAUAUUAUUUAAAUGCCUUCAAAAUAUAUGUUAUUUGUCAGAAUUUUUUGUUUGAAAUUUCACAGUAAAAAUUAAACACUGGCCACAGACUUUCAAUUAUUAUUCAUCAGAUACUUUUCAUGGAUCACUUCCCCAUGGAAUUUUAUACAGUGUGCACUCUUGGAUUAACGUCUACAUAAUUUGAAGCAUCCGUGAAUUUUACAAUUUUGUAAAUCUUUUCUAAAUGUUGGAGAAAAUUAACAUUUCCUAAAAAAAAGUAUAAUAGGAAUGAAAUGUUUCUUGAUACGUUGUUACUUCACGAUUUGGUGAGUCAGUUUUCCCUACCACAUUACAGCGUUUCUGUUGGUAACACUGGUGAAGAGUUUUGAAAUGGCUGGAUGGAUCCGCUGUUCGAACGUUUGCGCUGCCUGUGAGGUGCCCUGAUCAGUGUUUCUGUCGUGUAUAUGACAUAUAUCUGUAGCUUUCAUAUCAUCGCUGAAUUUUAAAGUAUUACAAACAUCGCAGUUAUGAUUUUCCCUUGAUACUUAUUUCAGGGCAUAAACUAAUAAUAAAAUUAUUUUCAUGACUGAAUUUUCUGGAACAUGAUCAGAGAAAAUUUGUAAGGAAUUGACUCAGUUACUAGGUAAUAUUUUUAAUGACUUGUGAGCAGAUAAAAUUGUAAUUUAAUAUUCAGAAGCGCGUUAAUUAUUCCAAGCACAUCUGCGCGCAUACUGCAAAAUGUUUUGAUUUGUGCAGCAUUUGCUAGGAAUUUAGAGAUCGACCAUGUACUAGUGACAAUUUCAGAUACUGAUUCUGGAUUGCGUUACUGAACGGAAUGGAAAUAUGAUUCACUUUGUUAAACAUUUAUGAAGGGAAGCACAACUUUUCUUUUAAUUUUAUCUGCGGUAAAGAAGGUCGAAGGAACGAGACAAGUAUGUUUUCUGUCGCAUGCACCGCUUUGGACGUUUAUUUGAGAAACGUUUUUUGCAAGCAUAAAUUAUCGAAUGUAUACGAGUUGUUUGUCGGUACGAUAAGAUGGUUGGUGUAAGAAUAAUAACUGAUAUCUCUGUCCGCGUAGGAAUCUCUUUUAGAGAGUUUGAUAAGAUGGCGAAAAUGGCUAGUUACACCGAUUAUUCUCGAUUGCGGUUUUAAUUAUAAAAAUUUCAAGUAGGAAGUAGGUAAUGGAUGAAAUAGUGAUUAGUACAGAAAAUUCUAAAAAGGAUGAAGUUUUGUUAUAGGAAAGCUGCUAAGUAUGGUUUAGCAUUUCAUGUUAUAAUUUUUUUCAAGCUGGGGUAAGUAUUUUGUAUUUAUGUGUUUCGUAUGAUUCUCAGCAUAAACAGCGAUUACUUCCGUGAACCGCGUUAACAAGUUGACCUUUGUAAUGGUUUAAUUGUUUAAUUUGAAUUACUGACUACAUUUUUAAAUGUUAUUUGCAUUAUCUUUGGCCGUAAAGGGAUAAUGUGUGAGAUGAUUGUACAUUUUAAAUUCUGUCGUGUAAGUAAGGGCUGCUCAGAAGUAUGUUGGGUUUUAAAACAUUUUUAUUUGUCCAUAGAAAAUAUGUUUGAGGAAAUCUAGACAUGUUAUAUGUAUCUUACUUCAUGCUAUGCUCUAUACUAAAAUUACUAAGUACUGAAGUAUUGAAGGCUGCAGUAAUUUUGGUGGAAAGAAUUCUUCAGGAAGAGUGAAUAGCACCAUUUUGUUUGUAACACGUCAAGUCUCAACCAAAUUUUCUGAAUUUUCUUAUGUGUUGCCUAGCUCACCUCUUUCUUUGAUUUGUUUAAUGCUGCACUCCUAUGUAAGAUAAAUUUUGAUCCAUGAAGUAUUACAUCAAAUAAUGUUGAAGUAAGUUUAAUAAUUUUAAGACCAUGUCAGCUACUAUAUUAGUUUGUAGUUGUAAGCUGUUAGUGCAAAAUAGGCACUUUGGAAAAAAAAUGUUCAGUAGAAAACAUUGAAGAAGUAAGUUAGUUUCUGUUUGUAUUUACUUAAUUUAUCGGCUUUAGUGUGUGUCUUUCCGUGUUGGUGUUUUGGUUGUUUGGGAUAGUAGUGAUGUGUAAUGGGUAAUAAAAACAUCUUUUAUAAACAUU